AUGAUACUCAGACAGCGGGUGCUGAAGUGAGUUUGGGGGUAGAUAAUUGGUGGGGUUUGGCAUUAGGUUUAAAGUUGAUUUUUAAGGUUUAGUCUUAAGAUGGAUCGAAAAGUUUUAUGGUACUGUAACCUUAAAAUCAGAUAAACUUUUAAAGAAGUAUCAAGGUUUGUAAUAGUAUUAGGCAUUUUUGAGGUCUAAACUUUAUUUCUGGUUAACUUUUUACAUUAAAGUAGUACUUCUCUUUAGCGCUAUGGGUGGCGUAAAUAAGAAAAGAGACUAAAACUCAACCUAAAAUUACAAAGGUAACCAAUAUAUUAUUAUAUUAUCCUUGACUAAUUUUUCUUAAUUUCAGAACCUCCCCGAAAGAGAAUGCCCUACCCUCCUACAAACAUACCGUGUUAAAGGUUUGUGAGCUACAGUUAAAACUGUGCAAGAAGAUUAUUCAAAUUUCGUCUAAGAAGUCGCACGAACCAGAACCGUUGAAAGAAAUCGCUGGAGGUACAAUUCUGAAGCCGUUGAUGAAGACGCGCUCCACUCAGAAGGCUCGUGUAGCCAUCGAGAAUCUGAGAAGAUGGCUGCCUUCUGAUUUGGUCAACUUUUUACAUUACAAAUCUGAUCGUAUCGUUCAAUAA